AGCGUGUUUCCUCACACGCAGAAAGCCUGUCUCGAGAAACCACUCAGUUCCAGCCAAGCAUGUCGCUUCUGCCGCCCAGAUACGGGAGGCUGCGAGGAUACCAGCGAGGUGACCCCCCGAGGACACAGCGGGACUCUGCUUAGAGACCGACAGCUGCAGGAGACAUGUCUCCGGGGACAUUGCUGCUGCUUCUUCUGGCUCAUGGAGUUCAGGCGCAGGUGGAAAACCGGGUGAUCUUCCUGCUGGGGACGUUCCAGAACGUCAGCGUCUCCCGGAACGAGACGGUGCAGGCUGUGGUGUCCCGGAUCCCUGCAGACGUGGCCUACGUCACCCUGCAGUUCCACACGCAGCACCGCAACGCCACGCUCUCCUACUCCAGGAUGCCGGGCCUGGGCCCCUCUCUGACGGCGGUGGACUCGGGGCUCCUUUCGGCUCUCGUUCCGAGCCAAGCGACCCUCUCCUUGUUCAUGUCUUCCCCGGAUGAGGACACCGUGGCGGGCACCGGGGUCGUCCUGCCGUACUCCAGCACCGAUCCAGUCCCUGGAGCUUGUAACGCGGAGGUCAACCUGGACAUCGACCCGAACGUCUAUAUCCUCUACAACCUCUACGAGACCACCAUCCGCUUUGCCCCGGCCAACUUAGGCUACGAAAGGGGAGGAACUCCUCCGGCCUGCGACACAUCGACAGAACCGGACACACGCUGGCGGCUGCGGUACGACGUCUACCAGUAUUUCCUGCCCGAGAACGACCUGUCAGAGAGCAGCCUUUUCGCCGCCAUUCAGGCCGUGGCGGACGUCCAGGGCGCGAUGAAGAACGGCAAACGGGUCAUGACGCUGCUAGCGUCAGACGCGAGCACGGCGGGGUUCAACUCCAUCCCCGGGCAGGGCGUCGUGUACUCGGUGGUGGUCAGAGACUCGCUGAGGAACGCCUCGGCCUCCUACGUCCCCGCCCACACCUACGCCUGCAGCUUCGCCUCCACGCUGGACGGCUGUCACACACUCGGAAAGAUCUCUACAAAGAUUUUCUUCACCAUCGCUGGCUUGGCCGGCCUGUUUGUCUGUUUCUUCGGGCAUCGAUUCUUUAAAUGUGAGUUGUUUUGCAUGGGCUUCAGCUUUGCGACGUUUUUCUUCUUCGUGCUGAUCACAAGGACCACAGAUCUGGACUACGACAUCUGUCUGGCCGUCUCCGUGGUGAUCGGCGUGGCGGGCGGGGUCAUCCUGGUGAUGAGCUGGUGGCGCUUCGGCUCCGUCAUGGCCUGCGUCGUCGUGGUUGGACUGAUGCUCGGCUUCCUGGUGGCCUCCACGGUCCUCUUCACGCCUCUCGGGGACCUCAACGUACUCCGACGCUCCGACGCCGUUUUCUGGUCGACCUUCUGCUGCAUCAUGGUCACUGUUCCACUCUUCUUCGUGCGAUGGCCCAGAGAGGGAAACAUCGUCACAUGCGGCGCCGUCGGGGCCUACGCCGUGAUUCUGGCCGUCAACGCCUACAUCUACACUAGCCUGUCCUUCAUCACACUGAACAUCCUCAAGCGCUUCCUCAACGACUACUUCAGCGCCGUGUUCACUGACGUGCCCUUCCAAUCCGCGGACUACGUCAUGAUCACCGUGUGGGUGGUGCUCGGCGUCUCCGGCGUGGUCCUGCAGCUGUACCGCGAGCGCACCCGCCCCUUCUUCCCGCCCAGCCCGUACCUCAUGUGGCUGCAGGAACGCGAGCGCCGCAAGACCAACGUCCUGGACCCGAGUUACCACUUCCCGCCGCUGCGCAACCGGCUGCUGGCCCGAGCGCGGCAGCUCACCAGGAGGAUGGAGCCGGCCGGAGAGCACACGCCUCUGCUGCUGUAAGCCUCGCACGGCCCACGCCGCCGCGGAGAGGCCCGAAGGAGCACCGGCCCUCAGAACUGUCUGUGGGACGUUGAGCCCAGAUCAGCAGACUGGAAGACGGUCCCAGUAGGACGUUGGCACUCUGCUGGAGAGUUUGCAAAAGCUAAAAAAGUUUUGUACAAAAGACUGUGACCUUUUUUUCCCUGAACGCCACUUUUAUUUAACUCUUAAAUGAGAUUUGAACGAAUCACAAAGUGUUCAAGAAGAUCUUUUCUUUGAAUGUGUUGGAUGGUUUUCAAUGUUAAUUACGUCCACUACAAAAGUCACAAACUACUAACAAUCUGCAAAGCGAGACAUUUCACCUGGGGAGAGUUGGAUUGACGCAACUAUGUUGUUCUCAAUGGAACAAAGUACUUCAUUUACUUUGCGUCGCUUGGCUGUUAUCUAAACAUCCCUUGUGAAUAUAGUUGUAGUUUGACUUUAAACAACCGCUCUCAAUGACAAAGACGUCUUUCCUUAAAGUUGGCUUAGACAGGUUAAGCGUCUGGGACGAUUUGAUGUUUUAGAAGCUGAAGGUUCUGCUGGAGUCACGCAGGUCAGUAAAUUGAAGACGAUCCUCACAAACGAGCCACAAAAGAGAGACUGACAAGGCGAAUAAAGAUUUCAUACAGAUAAGAAAUACACACUAAUUUUUCUCUGCAGUCACAGAACAGUUUGUUUUAACGUUUUGCAUUCAUGUUUGUCUUAUUUGCACACUGGAUUUUAUUGUACUGAAUAGAAGGGUGUUCGUUGAUUAUCUCUUCCUCCAUAAACGUAUUUAUAAUAUUAUAAUAUAUAAAAAUAAAAAACAAAAGCAGAAAUGUUAAUGAAAAAA